AAAACGGUAAAACCACUCCAAGAAUGGUACUAGAAAAUCUAAAGUCGAGUGCAAAAUGAAACAGUUCUUGUUUACAAUUUUCUUGACCAAUUUGGUUGUAGGAGUCACCGCAAAACAGUGCCAAGAUCUCCUCACAGGACAAUAUAGAUGCAGUGAGCCUGAAAUAGAUGUAGACCUUCAAACGGAGAAAGGGUGUCAGAAAAACCACACUGUUCAAGUUCCUUGUUUCCCAGCACCAGGUGUUAUUUGUGAUGAAAAAAGUUUUACUGGUGACGAAAUUGGUUUCUACAAACAUAUGCCAUGCAGAUAUGUAUCUGGCAAAUCAUUUGAAGUUGCUCUUCUUCUGUCAAUAUUUCUUGGUUUUUUUGGUAUAGAUAGGUUCUAUCUUGGCUACCCUGCUAUUGGUUUACUGAAGCUGUGCACAUUGGGGUUUUUCAUGAUAUUUCAACUCAUUGAUGUUAUUCUUAUUGCCACUCAGGUACUAAAACCAGCAGAUGGAUCUGACUAUAUUAUCAGCUACUAUGGCCUAAGGCUGACCCACAUCUCAUCAAACAAUCAAACACUCUACCACCCACAAAACUUUGGUACUUAGGAAGUAUAGAAUUUUAUUUAAUAUCCUAUAUGUAGCUAACUGUUUAACAAUUUUCUUUUUCAAAUUCUAUUUGCAAGAUUCUAUUUGCAAGAUUCAAUUUGCAAGAUUGCCUGUUUUGUACCUCAAUACUCAAUUUCUUGAAGUCAAAUACAACAUAUAAAAUUAUAAGUUGUAAGCAGUCAGAGAAACAAGAUCAAAUGCACACCCUUUUCACAAUGAAGUUGGUGACUGGGAACUAUGCGCACUAAAUGUUGGGUUGUAAAUUGACCCUCUGUAGGAGUACCACAGUGGGCACUAAAUGGAGCUACCAUAUUGCUUUUGAUGUUCCUUUCCAAGUAUUUCCAGGUAGUGGGAUAUUAACUGUGGAUGCUUCUUGUCUAAGUUGGAAUAACCCUUAAAGGGAAUUAUUAAUAAUUCAACAAGUAACAGAAUAAUUUUGACUUCCGCAGCUGAAAUGGUACAAGGUUUUAUCAAGUGCUUCCAUAAAUGUGUACUAAAUGUUU